AACCUUAUUUUUCUAAGGAUCCUCCCCUGUCCAGUCGCCGCCGCCGCUGUCUCCAUUCCCUCGGGAUCACCAGCGAUCCAGCCGCUGCUCUCCACCUCGCAACCGACCACACACACCCAGCCUCAUCCAGCCAGCCACCUUCCACCUUGAUCUGGAGCCACCAGAUCAAGAUCCGAUGGCCCCUAGGCCACCAGUUCAUCCCCACCGGUCCACCACAGUGCCCCGCAGCCACGAUCCGGCCUUGAUCUUCUCUGCCUCGACGGAGCAGCCGUCGCCGGCCUCCAGGAACGGCUGCUCUGCAUCGUCCUCGCGCGCCUCCUUCCUCGAGCAAGAGCUCGACCUGCUGCCGGCGACCUCGUGCCCGACCUCCAGAUCCCCCCUCCGUCCCGCGAGCAGCAGUAGACCGUGGCGCCACCACCGGAGCUCGCCGCUGCCGGGAAUCGCCGUCUUUCGCCGGAGUUUGCGUCCUCGUCCUGGAUCCGCGCUGUCGCCUCCUACCUGUGCGUCGUGCGCGGGAACCGACAAGACUCCGGCGCCAUGGCCUUCCCCACCUCUGCCCGAGCGCCUCCAGGACCUCGUCUGCCCCGCCGCAUCACCAAAUCCGGCCACCAGGACCCUCCAGCGCCGUCGCUUCCUUCCUCCUGUUGCUCGAUCCCCUGUUUCGCGAACGAGGAGACGAGCGCCUCGCCUGCGCGUUGACCGCGUCCCCUCCCUUGUUCGAUCCAGCAGCGCGCCUCCAGAUCCGCUCCAAGGCCCAGCCAGCCUCCUCCAGGCCCCGCGGUCCAGCGGCCUCCAGGCCCAGCGAGCACCUCGCCGGUUCGCUCCCGUUGACGAGCGCGUGGGCCAGCGCCCCUGGCCCAUCUUCCCCCGCGGCCUGCCAGGCCUCCUCCACCGACCUGGGCCGAGCCCAUGGGUGAGAACCCCCCCAAGCGCCCCUGUCCUGUGCAGCCCGGUAGACUAGAUUCGGCCCGCAUGUAUUUUUUUUACCUGCCUGCGAAUUUUGUCAUUAUCCGUAGAAUUACAGAAUUGCAGAAAACCCCCUGUUGUUCAUGCAUUUAAUAACUCACAAAAUAUGCAUCAUAUGUAAAUAAUUUAUAUAUGUAAAAUGCUCAGAAAAUUGUGUAGAUUAAUAAUAUGCCAUUUUCAGCCAUGUUUAAAAUGUUUAAAUUGAUGUUUGCAUUAAUUUGCUAAUAUGCCAUGUUAAAAUGCUUUAAUUCAUAACUAAAUAACCGUAGCUCCGUUUUUAAUAAACUUUAUAUGUAAAUGGGGUGGAAAAAUGCCUAGUUUAACAUGGUGCACUUUAUUUUCCUGUUUAACAACAUUAAAAUGGUGUUUAGGGUAGAACAGUACCAAAUCCAUAAUAUGCACAUGGGGAUUUUUCCGGAAUUGUUUUUUGUUAUUUCCGGCCUCAUUUAAACUUGCCUAAAUAGUUAGUUUACUUAUGCUUCACCCCUGGCCAUGUUAAUUAACAUUUAAUAUUUGUUGAGUAUCAUAACCGAGAGAGAACUAAAUAAUUGAUGUGGUGUUUUGUCAAUAUGCAAUUGCAUAUUGAGCUCCACUUAACUUGUAGUAUUGUUUGUUGCACUUUGCCAUGCCAUGCCUCAUUAAACCGGACAUGUAUCAUACUUGAUUGUGCAUCAUGCCAUGUUUAUGCUUGUGUGUUUAUCAUGUUGUUUGCUUUUUCCGGUG